AUGACCCUACACUGGAAAGACGAUCCAAAACCACUAGAACAAAUAUGUCUUGUUGAUGUUGAGACAGCUUUAGAUUUGCACAGGACAACAAUUAUAUGUAAGAAUCAAGCCAAUUUAUUAAAAGCUUUUGCUUUAU